AUGCAGUCGGAAUCGGGGAUCGUGCCUGAUUUCGAAGUCGGGGAGGAGUUUCACGAAGAGCCCAAAACCUAUUACGAACUCAAAAGUCAACCCUUGAAGAGCAGCAGUUCCGAGGAGCAUCCUGGGGCCUCCAAGCCUCCGAUAAGCUCCUCCAGUAUGACAUCACGCAUCUUGCUACGCCAGCAACUCAUGCGUGAGCAGAUGCAGGAGCAGGAACGCAGGGAGCAGCAGCAGAAGCUGCAGGCGGCCCAGUUCAUGCAACAGAGAGUGCCUGUGAGUCAGACUCCAGCCAUAAACGUCAGCGUGCCCACCACCCUCCCCUCUGCCACCCAGGUGCCGAUGGAAGUCCUUAAGGUGCAGACCCACCUCGAAAACCCCACCAAGUACCACAUACAGCAAGCCCAAAGGCAGCAGGUAAAGCAGUACCUUUCUACCACUUUAGCAAAUAAACAUGCCAACCAAGUCCUGAGCUUGCCAUGUCCAAACCAGCCUGGCGACCAUGUCAUGCCACCAGUGCCGGGGAGCAGCGCACCCAACAGCCCCAUGGCUAUGCUUACACUUAACUCCAACUGUGAAAAAGAGGGAUUUUAUAAGUUCGAAGAGCAAAACAGGGCGGAGAGCGAAUGCCCAAGUAUGAACACACAUUCACGAGCAUCGUGCAUGCAGAUGGAUGAUGUAAUUGAUGACAUCAUUAGCCUAGAGUCAAGUUAUAAUGAAGAAAUCCUGGGCUUGAUGGAUCCCGCCUUGCAAAUGGCAAAUACGUUACCUGUCUCUGGAAACUUGAUUGACCUUUAUGGAAAUCAAGGCCUGCCACCCCCAGGCCUCACCAUCAGUAACUCCUGCCCAGCCAACCUUCCCAACAUAAAAAGGGAGCUCACAGAGUCUGAAGCGAGAGCAUUGGCCAAAGAGAGACAAAAAAAGGACAAUCACAACUUGAUUGAACGAAGAAGAAGAUUUAACAUAAAUGACCGCAUUAAGGAACUAGGUACUUUGAUUCCCAAGUCAAAUGAUCCAGACAUGCGCUGGAACAAGGGAACCAUUUUAAAAGCAUCCGUGGACUAUAUCCGAAAGUUGCAACGGGAACAGCAACGUGCCAAAGAGCUUGAAAACAGACAAAAGAAGCUGGAACACGCCAACCGGCACUUGUUACUCAGAAUACAGGAACUUGAAAUGCAGGCUCGAGCUCACGGACUUUCCCUUGUCCCAUCCACGGGUCUCUGCUCUCCAGAUCUGGUGAGUCGGCUCAUCAAACAGGAACCCGCUCUUGAGAACUGCAACCAAGACCUCCUCCAGCAUCAUGCAGACCUCACGUGCACAACCACCCUGGAUCUCACGGACGGCACCAUCAGCUUCAGCAACAGCCUCGGAGCUGGGACCGAGAGCAGCCAAGCCUACAGCGUCCCCACGAAAAUGGGGUCCAAACUGGAAGACAUCCUCAUGGAUGAUACCCUUUCUCCUGUUGGCAUAACUGAUCCACUUCUUUCCUCGGUGUCCCCCGGAGCAUCCAAAACCAGCAGCCGAAGGAGCAGCAUGAGCAUGGAGGAAACUGAGCACGCUUGCUAG